AUGAAUUUUCCAGACGACUUUAAUACAGAACUUAACAUGAUUCGAAUUAACAUUUUGGAUUUGAAUAAUGGUAUGUCGGUUACACCUUGAAUGAAUGUCCUAUUGUCAGGCAACAUUCUUCAAGCAGAGCUUGCUCCAGCAUGACUCAAUUAUGCUCUCCCCCCCCCUCCUCCUCCCUUCCUUGAACAAAAGCUUCUCCCCGCUCGAGGUCAAACCCGACUUUCUUCACGAGAAGAAAAAGAAAUGAGAAGCACUUGAAGCCACCCUAUCCUCUCCACCUUUGGAUGCCCUCCCAUGGCUUCCGGUGGCACACACACACACACACACACACACUGGAAUCGAUAUUUCCACUGCGUUCAUCACAGUCCCUGCACGGGCAAGGCCCACUCGUGUUUUUCCUUUUUGGGACCCGCAAGCGAGAAUCCUUUCUCACGUGUGGUGCGGUAAUACCGGCGCGUACGGUAAAGUCGAGCAUCAACAACCGGACGAUUCCGUCACGACUUUGAACUAGACCAGAGCCCGGACAGCCCAAUGGCUUGGAUCCUCCCUGCAGAGAAAAGGCAUAACGGGCUUCCCCCCCCUCUCUCUCUCUCUUUUUUUAAGGUCGAACCCGGCACCGCCUUUUACUCUGCACAACGAAACUCUACAUGACAUUUAUAGGCAAACUUUUUUUCUUUUUUUGGGGUUUCGGCUAGUUCGGUGACACCCCCCUGUGGACGUUGGAGGGAAGCAACCGUAACUCUGUAAAUAUACCUGCCUAACGCCUGGCAUUGGCAUCAAUUCUGCUGAUCCCUGAUUAAAGGAUCGUCAUGUCUCCCAGAAAGGCUCCAAGGCGAAAAUGAAAAACCAUGGAUCAUUCAUGAAACCCAAUGGACAACACCCCAUAGUAAUCAGAGUAAACAAUAGUCAUGUCGGUCUCCCUUUCCCACACUUCCGAAGCGGAGAAGUGAUGAUACACAGGUGACGCAAGGCCGGAAUGUCCCACGAUGAAACCAGGUCCAUGCUUGGUGCUUGCGCUCAUGGUUCACUUUCGGGGCCCUACAAAAGGUCAAGUCCAGUGCCACACCAC